CAGUAGCGUGGAUUGCUUGGAAUGCUUGGAUGCCGCUGUUUUACAUUUAUUCACGUUGUUUGAAGUUCUGUGACGAUUUUGUACGAAGUGCAGAAUAAGAAUUAGUGACCAAAUAUUGUGAAAUAUUUUAAUUCGAAGCAUCCUUUUCUAUUUUCUGACAAAAUGGUACGAGGUGGUCGAGGUGGAAUGCUCAGAGGCGGCAGAGGCGGUAUGGGACGUGGAAUGGGAUUUCCUAGGAAACAGUUCCUUCCUCGUCUUCCGUUCGAUUAUACAUUAUGCGAAGCGGCUUUUCCACGUGUGAAACCGGCUCCCGACGAAUCAGACUUCCAUAUGGCUCUUUUGAAAAAGAACACAGACAUGUAUCCUACUCCAAAAGAGCAAACUUCCAUUUUAAAUCUCGUAACUAAGCUACAAAGCGUACUCGAUAAUUUAUUGGUUACUCCAGGAAGUUUCGAAGCUUGUCAAUUGGAGGAGGUAAGACAAGUUGGUAGCUUUAAAAAAGGAACGAUGAUAAAAGGGCACAACGUAGCCGAUAUUGUUGUAAUUCUUAAAACGUUGCCUACCAAGACGGCGGUGGAAGCGCUUGGUACAAAAGUUAACAAUGACUUAAAGGCUGUUAAUCAGAAAGAAGUUUUCAGGCUCACUCAAACGGAGCGAGGUUUCGAUAUCGCUAAUAACGAAGCUACAGUGCGAGUUUUGAUCACCACGUUGCACCAGAACCUACGUAAAUUAGAAUCGGAUCAACAUUUGGACGUAAAGAUAUGCCAAGGUCAUCUCGCCGCGAUUAGACAUUCCCGCUGGUUCGAAGAAAAUGCUCAUCAUUCCAGUAUAAAGGUUUUAAUAAGAUUACUUAGAGACUUGAGAAGCAGAUUCGAAGGCCUAGAACCCUUAUCCCCUUGGAUGUUGGAUUUGUUGGCACAUAGCGCUAUCAUGAACAAUCCUAGUAGACAAGCAUUGCCGAUAAACCAAGCAUAUAAGCGAGUGCUUCAAUUACUUGCUUCUGGACUUUUCCUUCCAGGAUCUGCCGGUAUUUCUGAUCCAUGCGAGGGUGGUAAUAUACGUGUACAUACUGCCAUGACCUUGGAACAACAAGAUUUGGUAUGCCUGACAGCUCAAACAUUGUUACGUAUAUUGGCCCAUGGAGGAUACAGACCAUUGCUCGAGGGUACUAAUAAACUCGCUGUGGAAAUGAGCGUAUGGGCAGGUGGUGUGGUCGCUAGUCCCUUGGACAAGGCAUACGAACCUCCUACGGAACAAGAGCAGCAAGAAGAUAUGGAAGAGAGCAACGAAGAUAUGAUAACAGAAAGUGCUUAGUUAUUAAUCUGAUACAAU